CCUUCCUGCCUUGAUUGUGUUGACAGCUCAGCAGCAGCAUCUGUAGCGGCGGCGGCGGCAGCGUCUAGCUAUAGUAGUUGUGGCGAAGUUCCCUGAGUAAAGUCCAGGUGUUUGGCAGCCGUCGCCUCCAGAGGAUGGAGCCGGACACGUUGUUGCACGCGGCCAACGUGAGCACGCUGUUCGUGUGCAUGGUGCUGAAGUUCCCGCAGAUCUUCUUGCUGAUCCGAGCGAAGUCAUCGGGCGGAGUGAGCCUGAACAGUCUUCUCCUCGAGCUGACCGGGUUCAUUGUCUUUGUGACAUACCAGAUGUACUAUGACUACCCUCCUCCGACGUACCUGGAAUAUCCAAUCCUCAUUGCUCAAGAUGUCGUCCUCCUGCUCCUCAUUCUUCACUACGACGGCAACCUGCGGCAGAGCCUCUUCUACGCCGCGGUGUUUGUCGGCGGCUGGAGGCUCCUCACCGUGGAGAAGUGGAUCAUAGAUUUGGCGAUGAGCCUGUGCACGCUCAUCAGUGCAACCAGUAAGUUUGCCCAGCUGCAGUGCCUGUGGAGGACCAAGGACGCCGGGCAGGUUAGCGCCCUCUCCUGGGGAAUGGCCACCUACACGUGCAUGGCGCGGGUCUACACCACCACUGUGACGACUGGAGACACGCUGGUUCUGGUGCGGUUCGUCACCAUGUCCCUGCUGAACCUGUGGGUGCUGCUCACCGUGCUCUACUACCAGAAACACAGCGGCCGCUCCAAGAAAGAAGACUGAGCUCCUCCAGCUGGACCCAGAGGCUGAUGGGGAAUAUGUUCGUCCUCCGGAGUUUGCUCACGGUGACUUUGGACACAAAACUGAUAACAGACGGGUAACAACGGUUAUGUCAGAUGCUUUUGUCUACUUACCCAUGAAAUGUGCUUUUUUAAUUUUGUUUAACUUUAAACCCACACUUUUUUUUUUUUUUUAAACAUUCCAAUGACUAUAUAUCUUCUGUUUAAAAAAAGUUAUUUGAUAGACCAGCACAAAGACAAGUAUAUCUGAGGUCUUCCUACUCAGGACAAAAAAUACUUUUUUAUAAAUGUGACAUUUAUUUCUGAACUAUUUUAAUAAAUCAAACAUUUCAGUAUUUUA